CCCCCAUCCAGAGCACUCUGUAAUCACAGUGGCUUAGCGUCCCACUGCCAGGGUCCACCUAGGCCUAACGCACCCAGCCAACUCAUGGGGGGGUCAAGGCCUGAAUUACAGGAUCUUUUUCUUAAGGUGGCUUAAUUAAGCUAAUUUUAUAACCAACUACCCAAAUUCAGCCAAAUUUGCAUAGAAAAAAAAUCACAAAAAGUUCUUAUUUUCACUAAGAGUAAGAUCUCAUAGGCACAGAGGUGGGUAACCCUGUCACCAUGGUGAUGACAUGCCUCUCCCCCUCCCUGGGAUAGAUAUCAGCCUCACCUGCAUGCCAAACCUCAUUCCUGCCUGGCGGAAUAGCUGAUAGAUCAGGGAUAAAGAGCAGUAAUGGGCUUGUAGGUGACGCCUCAUCUUGCGGUUUUCCGCUCACCUGCCUGCCUGCCUGCCUGCCUGCAAGCACACCCCCCCCCCCCCCCGAUGCUUGUCUACAUUUUGAGGUCUGCGACGCCCCCAUGAAAAUAAGCUUCAGUUGGUUGCUUUGUUGGCUGUGUCUGGAUGCUGAGUGCUGCCAAACCAAACCCCCACAGGGCACGGAGUCCACCAGCCUGCCCGGCAGCUCCUCACACCUGGAGGUGGAUCAGCAUAUCACCCCCUCAGGCAAGAGCCCGCCCCUUGACCUGAUCGACACGGGAAAGGCGUUGAAGGUGCAGACGGCUACGCCGCACUUAGUCAGCCUGGGCAGUGGCCGUCUGAGCGUAGCCAUCACCCUGUUGCCACUCAAAGAAGGAGUGACUCGGAUUGGACGCGAGGACGCUCCCAUUCCCCAGGACAUCACCAUCGAGGGUCCCGGGAUCGAGGCCGAGCACUGUCUGAUCAAGAACAAGGGGGGGCUCAUCACCUUGGACCCCUGUGGAAACCCUUGUGCCCUCGAUGGCAUCCCUGUGAUGAAGCCCACGCAGCUGACCCAAG